ACAGACCUCCCGGUUCAAGGACGCUCAUGAAAUGGAGAGCACCUCCUUGAUGUUUGUGUUGAUGUUGUUGUUGUUACCGUCACACCCGCCGCUGCCGCUGAUCUCGCUGUGCCUUGUGCCUCCCCAACUCUCUCCAGGACAUUGCAAACUUCAUCGGCUUGGAAAAUGGCAGAUGUCUCAGGAGCAGGCGACAGCAACAAGUUGUCUCCUGAGUCACCAAACCACAAUUUGUUCGUUCCCAGUCCAAUUGUAACAAGAAGAACUCGUACUUUGUCAACGUGUGCGAGAGCCGGAGAGAAUCAGGAAACUGGAAAAGUUAAAUCAUUUUGUCGCUCGAAGGGCCAUGGUUUCAUAACACGUGAUUGUGGUGGAUCUGACAUAUUUGUUCAUAUAUCUGAUAUUGAAGGAGAAUAUAUACCUCAACCUGGUGACCAAGUUCAAUACAAGCUCUGCCCAAUUCCACCUAAAUUUGAAAAACAUCAAGCCAUUCAUGUGAACAUUAUCAACUACACCCCAGAAGUUCAUUUGAAAUGGGACUGUCCCAAUGGGGAUGGAAACUAACAUCUACCUUUAUUGUUGAGCAGUGCUUGAGUGCGCGGGUGGCUGCCGGGUUUUUCAGGCAGUAGAUGUGUAAAGUAUUACUGUACUGGCCUGUCACCCUGUUAUUGCACUUGUUUUGAGCAAUGAUGAAACAACUACUUGUCCCUAACUUAACUUAUUUAUAGUAUGCCAUCAGGAUACAUAAAUUCUGUUGCGAAUACUCAAUGAUCCAUAAUAUAAAAGGCUAUAUAGAUGACAUUGUAAAUCAGUCAAUUUGGACAAAUUUAAUACAUUCCUCUUUUUUUAAUCAUCUGUUGGCAACUUACUCCCUCCUUUUCCAAAACCAUUUUAUACAUAAUGUUUCGUUAAAUCUGUAACUGCCACUAUCCAACAAAAAGACUUUUGGCACCCUCUAUUAAAAGAAUUUGAUUGAUUGAUAAAUGUUGAGGCUUGUCAAGUAUCAAGAAUUUUGAGUGAACAUAUACGGUACUUAAUAUUUAUUGUUCUCUUAAUUUGCGAGAAAAGGUUUGUGUAAAAAGUAGUCAUUUUGCACACGGUGAGAUUGAUAAUGUGUACCUCAAGCUAUAACCAAAUUCAUCCUUGUUUGCCUUGGGGACUUUAGGCAUUGUUUUGUUGCAGUAUUACAAUUGAUAGAAACAAGUUCUUUGGAUCUAUCCAAGAAGCUUGUGGUGCUGGGUCCGAUUCCAUGCAAUUCAGAGCCAGAGUGAUUCUCUACAUGUGACCGCAGUUUCAUUUGAGUUUAAAUUAGUUUAGUUACGGAACAAAAAGUAUCAAAAUAGUGUUAAAUGCAGUCUAAAUAAAUAUUUGCAUGUCCGUGUCUUUUUAUUUAAGUUCUCAAAAAAUCUUUCAAAUUUUUCAUUUUGACUUCGCUCUAGUACAGUGACCAAAUGAAGCUAUUUAAUUUUUAUCCUGUUAAAACCAAGAAUAAAUUAAAAAGACUGUGUUUAGAUAUAA